GUGUAUUAACCAGCGUAGCACUUUCGCUCCGGCGUCCAGGUUACCGCGUGCAUUCCCGUGGCUGUGACACUACCAGGCACAGUUCUGCCUACCAGGAUUCUCCAUAUCUCAGGAAUCUGUACAGUUGCGGAAGUAAUAAGAAAAAAAUGACCACAUUUAAGGAGGCCGUGACAUUCAAGGACGUGGCUGUGAUCUUCACUGUGGAGGAGCUGGAGCUGCUGGACCCAUCCCAGAGGAUGCUAUACCGAGAUGUGAUGCUGGAGAACUUCCGGAACCUGAUCUCAGUGGGAGGCAAGAUCCAAUAUGAGAUGGAGACUGUUCCAGAAGCAGAACCACAUGAAGAGCUUUCCUGCUGGUAUAUCUGGCAAAAAAUUGCAAGUGACAUAAUCAGGAGGCAAGACUCCAUGAUAAGGAGUUCUCAGUUCCCCAGACAGUUUGAUUCAACCAGCCAACUUGGGGCAGGACUGCCUAUAAUUCACACAGGCCAGAAAACUUACCCAGAAAAUGAGUCUAAAAUAUUUUUCGGUGAUAUCUCCAACUUUAAUCUUCAUCGACGGUCAGGAGCAAAGUCUCAUACAUGUGGUGAGUGUGGAAAAAGCUUCUACCAUAGCUCGGCACUCCAUAUUCAUCAGAGAGUUCACUUGGGAGAGAAGUGCUACAAGUGUGGUAAGUGUGGUAAAGAAUUCAGUCAUAGCUCACGCCUGCAAACUCAUCAGAAAGUCCACACCAUAGAGAAACCAUUUAAAUGUGAGCAGUGUGGGAAAGGCUUCAGUCGUAGAGCAACACUUAUUGACCACUGCAAAUUACACUCAGGAGAGAAACCUUAUAAGUGUGAGGAAUGUGGGAGGGCCUUCAUUCAUGCUCACCAUCUUCACAACCAUCAGAGAGUCCACACUGGAGAGAAACCAUUCAAAUGUGAUAUAUGUGGGAAGAACUUCCGUCGUAGAUCAGCACUUAAUAGUCAUUGUGUGGUCCACACGGGGGAGAAACCAUACAAAUGUGAGGAAUGUGGGAAGUGCUUUGGCUGGAAUUCACAUCUUCAUAUCCAUAAGAGCAUCCACAUGGGACAGAAACUAUAUAAAUGUGAGGAGUGUGGGAAGAGCUUCUAUUCUAAAGCAGAUCUUUAUUACCAUCAGAGGAUCCACACAGGAGAGAAACCCUAUGAUUGUAAGGAAUGUGGGAAGAGCUACAGGUGGGCUUCACAUCUUUUGGCCCAUCAGCGAGUCCACAGUGGAGAAAAACCAUUCAAAUGUGAAGAGUGUGGGAAGAGAUUUGGUCGGAAAUCAUACCUGCAAGCUCAUCAAAAGGUCCACACCAGAGAAAAGCCGUACAAGUGUGAGACAUGCGGGAAAGGCUACAAGACAAGCUUGGAUCUUGUUGUGCACCAGAGCAUCCACACAGGAGAGAAACCGUAUACAUGUUGGGUGUGUGGAAAGCACCUAAGUAGGGCCUCACAUCUUAAACUUCAUCAGAGAGUCCAUACUGGAGAGAAACCAUAUAAGUGUGACGUGUGUGGUAAGCUGUUCAGUCAGUUUGCACAUGUACAAUCUCACCAGAGAGUUCAUACAAGGGAGAAACCUUACAAGUGUGAGAUAUGUGGUAAGCACUUCAGGUCAAGUUCAUAUUUUAAACUUCAUUACAGAAGCCAUAUUAAUGAGAAAUUUCAUACAUUCUCAGAGGGAAAAAAAUAAUUUGUUUAAUUAAAGUGAAUGUUUCAGCCAUAGCUCAACAUCCCGGUGCUUCUGAAACCACACAAGUGGUGCAGUAAGGGUAUGAGGACAGGGAGCUUGUUUGCUGCAGAACCUACAUAACCUGAACAUUGAUUAGCACAUGUACUCAGUACGUGUUUGUGAAAUCAGAAGGAGAAAAUAUAUACUAUAUAAAGCUUACGUGGAAGAGGAAGCCUGCAAAAAUAAACAAUUCAAAGAAACGAGUUGAAAUGCAGAAGUACACUGGGUACUAGAUCCCACCGCAUUAUUUUGGUGGUAUCCUCGCAGUUGACUCCUGCCCUACCCUCUGGCUCUGUUCUGAGAUUGGGUUCUCUCUUUUUGUGUGUGUGUGGGGGGAGCUGUUCUUAUUAUUUGGAUUUCUCGUUGGUAUCUCAUUGGUAUAUAUAGUAUAAAUUCAUGUAUCUCACUUUUGAUUUUUUGCACAGUGCAGUUUUAACGGUAAUAACUGUCUACUGCACAUACCACAAUAGAAAUUUUUCAGCAGUGUUAAGGGAAGUGUGCAAAGUAACCCAUUCAAAGUGUCAGAUUUAGUACUAGUGACAAAAGUUUUCUUAAUCUUGAAUUGAUUGAAUUUUAAAUUUCUGUAUUUCCAUAUAGGUUUUGAUAUGACUGCUUUUUAAUUGUAGCAUAUCUUUUGUCAAACAUCUUUGCUAGAGGCUUUGGCAAAUUUGAAGGACAUUUAAUUUCUCAACUUCCUAUAUUCUUCCCUUAUUCCCAUGAAGUAAAUACCAGAACUUGUUGGGACUUGGUAAUUUCCAAUGUAUUUAAUAGUGGUGGAGGAAUAACAUUUACAUGCUUUCCUUUUUUGGUAAAAAUAUAUCUUUCGAAAAUCAGAUAUAACAUUGUGUAAGGCAUGACUCUCUGAUUUGGAAAUCAUAGUAUAAGAAUGUAAGAUUAUGGAAAAGGGACUACCACAUCAAUAAUGCCAUACGAUUUUUAGAAAUAACAACUGUUCAUCAAUAGGAAUUUAAAUUAUAUAUUUCCAUAAUAAUGAAUUAAAGCUAUGGCAAGGACAUGUAAUAACAGGAGAAGAACAUAAUAUGGGCUUUGUGAAAUCAGACUGUGGCCUUUGUAAAAUUAAAUCCAUAAAUUUGCAUGUGUGUGUGUAUGUAUAUAUGUGGAAAGGGACACUCUUAGUAAUCUCUGUCAGAUUAUUUGGUGGUAUUUACAUUUUAUAAUUUCAUUAAUUAUGUGUUUAAAUUUCUCAGCACCAAUUUGAUCAUACUGGUAAAUUGUGUACAAUGGAAUUUGAAAAGUGACUAAUAUGAAUCCUUUAUAGGUAAGGAUUCCUAAUGAUUGUACUAUAUUAUCAUACGACAUAUACAAUCAAAAUUAAGGAAUAGGAUUCAGUCAAUACUCAAAAACUUUUAUGGUUGAGUACACAGAUAAAUUAAUGAAUGUGAUCAACUAUCUUUGCAGUUAAUGCGUGUGAUACAUCUUUAAGCAUAAGCCAAGGAGUGGGAAAAUACUGGAGAUAGAAAUAAAGUGGGGAUACACAUGUUAGGGCAGUUAAAAGAUUCUUGGGAGAAAAGGUGUGCAUGGAUAGGAAACAGCAUGAUAGUGGAGCCUCCAAGGAGAGAGCAGCUUUAGAUGCCAUUUCCUACUUCUUAUACCAUCGUGAUAUUUUAAGUGUAUUAGGCUAAAAGGCUUUACUUAGCAAAGUAAUAGAGGUAAUUUAUUUUUGUAAUUUUCUAGACUAUGCCUUCACAGAAUUUUAUGUACUUACUAAGAUCCAUGCUAUCUUAAUUUGCAUAGUGGUUUGGGAGUCCCUAAGGUUACCUUCAGGUUCUCUGGUUUCCUCUCAUGACUCAGUGUAGUUGGACUUAGGACCAUGUUACAGUGAAAGGAUAUGAAGCAAAAUCAGUGAAGGGAAAAGGCACAUUGAAGAUGUCUGGAGGAAAUCAGGUGUAAGCUUCCAAGAGUCCUCUCUCCAUGGUAUUACAUGGGACUCAAUUCCUCUAGCACUUAAUUUUGGCCACAUGUGAAAUGUCUACAACAGGGCCUCAUUGUAGGCCCUAUAAGUACUUGAAGACCAGUACUUACUGGGGGCUGGUCAUGUAAGCAUCAUCUGGUCAGCAUGUACCAAAAUCCCAGGCUUCAAUAAGGAAAGCGGGUGUGAGGAAUAAACGACAGUGCACAGCUCUGAACAGUUACGGAAUGGUGGAAACUCAAAAUCCAUGUUUCCUGUCACCAGCCAAAGUCCAACUUGCAGGCCUUUCUAAGGAUCACAGUCAGGACCGCUUUACUAACUUUCCUGCACACAUGGAAUCAAAUCUAGGGCCUGUAGUCUUUUAUCUUUUAAAUUCAUCAAAUGCCAGAGUAAGUUUUCUCCAAGGUAAUUAUUUCUAACAAACCUCACCAGAUUAAACAAAAGUACUUCUAAAACUGAAGUUUAUAGGUAGGAUUCCUCAAGGUGCGUAUGAGAUAACACCUGGGACUAGCUGGUUUGUGUUCUUGUAGCCCAGAGUGCAUGAAGGCUAGUGCAUGAAUGUAUUAUAUUGAAUUCAAUGGUUAAUUCCCAGCUCUAGUUUCCUGAGCCUUUGUGGGACCAUUGAGUUCAAGCUCCCACUUUUCACUGUGGGCUUCACUUUUUUUGAGGGGGGGUGCACCUGAAGAUUUCCCUUUCUUUAACUUUGAACAUGGCUACAUUUAAUGGGGGUUGUUAGAGAACAUCCUAUCUCUGAAAAAGUAGAGAGGCUUCCCAAGUUAUUAAAGUCUAACCAUAUUGGUAGGUUAUUCAUUUAAAGAGUUGAGUCUAAUAUAUCCUGUUUCUUUGACAUUAAUUUUAAAGUAAUUCUCAAAACAUCUGUCUUCAUCUACAGAUGAUAUUUUGUUACAUGCAUAUCAAUACAAAUAUUUCUUGGAGAGGUUUUAAAAAUUAAUUUCAUUGAAAAUAAAUUGUAUCAGUACAGGAAAGUCCAAAGGAGAGUGUGGAAAGUAGUAGGGAGACUUGCUAUUAAUAUUUUGGUGAGCAUGCUUCAGUAUAUGCAUAUAA